AUGGAAGCCAGACUGCCGCUUGACAAGAUUUCUAGAAUCAUAUCUUUCAUUGAAGAAUUUCUCGUAAAGAAAUCUUGCACUAAAAGGGAGCUUCUACAAAUACUCGGACAUCUCAGUUUCGCUAGCAGAGUCAUAGUUCCAGGACGCUCUUUCGUGUCACACCUUAUUACCCUGUCCACAACAGUUAAACAGCUCCAUUUUCAUAUUACCUUGAAUAAAGGCUCCAGAGACGACAUGAAAAUGUGGCUAAUCUUUCUCAAACAAUGGAAUGGUAUAUCUGUGUUCUAUAAUGAAAUCGAGGUCAGUUCAGACGCUCUGCAACUCUACACAGACGCUUCAGGAACCCUUGGGCAUGGAGGUUUUUUCCAAGGACAAUGGUUUUCAGAAGCCUGGCCUCCUCCUUUACAACGUACAUGUAAAGACAGUGACGAACUCUCCAUUGCAUUCCGCGAAUUGUAUCCAAUCGUCGUGGCCGCUUUGCUAUGGGGUCAAUCAUGGAAAAAGCAACGCAUCGUAUUCUCUUGUGAUAACCAAACUACAGUGGCUAUAAUCAAUAAGGGUCGCUCCAAAUGCCCAAAGAUCAUGGCACUCGUUCGCCGCCUUACUUUAUGUGCAGCUACUAAUAACUUUGUAUUUAAAAGCAAAUAUCUCAAAGGUAAACGAAAUGUUAUUGCUAAUAGUCUGUCUCGUUUACAGAUCACAAGGUUUCAACAGCUGGCUCCAGAUGCCAACAAAACGCCUUGCAAAGUCCCGGAAUACCAGGAGGUCCUCAAAGACUUGACAUUAUUAUUACAGUCCUCCCCUUCACCAAGCGACCCCUUAUUUGUAACAGAAGAUGGCAUGGCCUUGACUAGGAGCGCCUUCAUUGUCCUAUUUAGGGAUACUUUAGUUAAAGUCGGGAUUGAUUCCCAAGCUUUUAGUGGCCACUCUUUCCGCAUAGGUGCUGCCACUUCAGCAGCUUCCGCCCACAUUGAGGAUCACCUAAUCAAAGUGUUAGGCAGGUGGUCUUCAGAUUCAUACUGCAGAUACAUACGAACACCAUCUGAUGCUAUUAGACAAGCACAACUCGCACUCAUAGCAGAAUAA